AUGGAUCAAGAAGGCGAGUCUCGGGAUACCUUUGCCCAAGAAGACCACCAGGUCGCUUACAUCUUUGACCCGGACCAAGACGACAAUGCUCGUCGGGAACCGAGGGCGCCGAAAAGACGGCGAGUAUCCAAGGGCGCUACCAAGAAGAGCGGACAAGCCGACGAGGCGCCGCUUUUUGUGCCGUUGCUCAACGGUGCUGAGCAGGAGGCGUUUGUGAGAUUGAGGCAGACGAGGUUCGAGGAGGCGUGGGCGAUGAUUGAUCUUAGAAUCCAGAUACCCUCUGCGUUUGUCGUGACGGGGCCGAAUAUCGCCUCGCAGGGCUUGUUGUUUGAACAGCUCUCCGAGACGUUGGGCCAGCAGCCCGCGAGUCGGUUUGUGCGGUUGAAGUCCUCGGAGGCGCUGACGCUCAAGGCUGCGCUGAAGAAGACGAUUAGAGAUGCCAUGGCGAUAACGGGAGACGGCGAGGACGAGGAGAUGCAAAUUGAUGAGGUGCCGAACGACAGCGAGGGCUUUGACAGCGGCUUGCUGUCCGACUUGAUUGCUCUGUUCCACUCUUGGCGUCCUCGGAUUCCAUUCACUCUGCUGUUUGGCAUCGCCACCUCGGUGGAGUUACUGCAAGCGCGCCUGCUCAAGUCCGCCUGCCGACUGGUAUACGGCGCGCAGUUCGAUGCCGCCCAGGCCGGCAACAUCCUCGAAACCGUCUUCAAGGGAGCCGUUGCCGCCGCCGAUGUCCCCUUGAUACUGGGUGGCCCUCUUCUCCAGAGCAUGCUGGAUCGACAGCAUGAGCAAGUAGCUGGCAUCCAAUCAUUUAUUAGCUCCCUAAAGUACGCAUACAUGUGUCACUUUUACGCAAACCCACUCAGCAUCCUUUGCUCGUCCGAUGGAGACGACGCUCCCCAGGCAGAGCAUCUCGAAGCUGCUCGUAAUCUACCUUCAUUUCGGCACGCUGUCGAGCGGGAAGUAGAGAAAAACACGAGUGAAUCACUCCAGCACGCCAAGUCUCUGCUUGACAGCAACGAAUAUCUUCUCAAGCAAAUUAGACGGGGGCACAGUAACAAGCAAACCUGGGCUGGGAGAUACCUUCGCGCCCUACUGAUAGUACGAGCUGCGGGUGCGCAACGGGGCGCUUUCUCAAGAGCAUAUGUCGACGGUAUGGGAGGAAGCGAUUCGAUGCCGCCUGGACAGUCUACCCUGGUAGCGCUCAUCCGCAGGAUGAACCCAGAUGAAUUAUCCAGAGUACUUGAUGAUAUCAUUGGGAUUUUCAAAGAGGGAGACGCAAUGCUGCGUUUGGGCCCAUCUACAGACGAGCAGGAUCAACACGUGCAAACGACACUGGAGACCAAGCUUGAGGAGCUGGAGCGGCUCAGAGCCAAGGCAGACAAACAAGGAACGUCGCUACGAAGUAAAUAUAGUGGACAAAGCAAAAUCAUGCGCACAACCGUCAUCGCGCAAAAGGUGCAGCUGAGUCAAGACUCUGCUGCUCUUCGCGAUGAAGAUAAGAUAUUUACUGAGAUUGUCGACCAAGUGACGGCUGCACUGUCUGCUUAUCAUCCGGAUACCAACGCCACCGAGGUUUUGUUUGCUGAGUGCUGGCUCUACGAUUCCAAGUCACCUUCGCGACAAGUAUUUGUUCCUCGACCACGCGCUGUGUUUGAGCGUAGUCUCGCUCGUCCGCACGACUAUCUCGGGUGCUCAUGCUGCAAAACUGAUGGCGGGGGCCUGCAAGCAACACUCCCUGCUACAUCUAUCCUGUACCAAUUGUAUCUUGAAACGGGGAACUUGAUCAACGUGGCAGACUUGUGGUCGGCCUUUCAUACCCUAGUUAAUGAGCAGGAAGAUGAUGAUCGGAAAGUGUUGGUGAUGUUUUAUCGGGGUCUUGCGGAGCUGCGGGCUCUAGGAUUCGUAAAGAGUAGUAAGAAAAAGCUCGAUCACAUUGCCAAGGUGAAGUGGCUGUAG